UAGAACCAAUUUUUUGAAGAGCCACCAACCACGAGGAGUAAGCCCGCGUUCGUUCUCUCGCGUUCCCGCGCGAAGCCGAAAAACCUUUCGCGCUCUCGCGCGGCCGCGCCUCUUCCCACCGCGCCCUUUUCUUCCCACCCUUCUCCCCCACUCGACACGCACAAUUCCUCCCCAAUCUCUCGCAUCCCCGAAAGUAACCGCCAAUUUCCCGACCGGUCAAGCCCCAAUGCCGACUCUCCGCAGUGCCACGGCGAACGCGUCCCCCGCCGCCACCCCCUCCCCUGCCGCGGCGAGCACGCCGCGCAGCGUCAAGCGCCGGCUGACGCCGCGCCGCGCUGGCGAGUCGCCUGAAGCGUCGCGGCACACCUCCCCUCACCGAUCCCCGCACGCUGGCGCCGGAACGGUGUGCACGCCGAAGCUGCUCUCGGCGUCGCCCAAGUCAUCCAGGAAGCGGUUGUACGGUGACCUUGUCGCGGCCGAGAAGCCCAAGUGGAAUCCCCGAGAUCCCGCGCAGAUGCGGGCGGUCAAGGAGGCGCUGCACGUGGCUACGGUGCCGUCGUGUGGAUUGGUUUGCCGGGACAACGAGCAAAGGCGCGUGCUUGAAUUCUGCAUGGCGUGCAUCGAGCAACAGAAAGCUGGAAGCCUGUAUUUGUGCGGGUGCCCUGGCACAGGGAAGACCUUAUCUGUUAACAAGGUCAAGGAGGGUUUGGUGCGCUGGACAGAUGAGAUGGGAAUGGAGGCACCUGAUGCGCUAGUAAUCAAUUGUACAAACCUAGCAAACACAUCUGAGAUUUUUAGCAAGAUACUAGGACAGUUUCAGGACCGGAAGAUGGGAAGGGGCAAGUUGUCGCCACUUCAGCAACUUCAGAGUAUGUUUUCCAACAAGGAAUCAGCUCCAAGAAGAAUGAUGAUGGUCAUUGUGGAUGAGAUGGACUACUUAAUAACAAGAGACCGGGCUGUGCUACAUGAUCUUUUCAUGCUUACGACUUGCCCAUUCUCUAGAUGCAUACUAAUAGGAAUUGCAAAUGCCAUAGACCUAGCAGAUCGGUUUCUUCCAAAGCUCGAAUCCUUAAAUUGCAAACCUCUUGUUGUGACUUUCCGUGCUUAUUCCAAGGAUCAAAUAUCUGACAUAAUUAAGCAUAGGCUAAAGGUUCUCGAGUAUGAUGUUUUUGAACCACUGGCCCUGGAAUUUUGUGCUAGAAAAGUUGCAGCAGCCUCUGGUGACAUGAGAAAAGCUCUCGGUGUUUGCAGGAGUGCUGUGGAUGUUCUUGAAACCAGGCUAAAAGAUUCAUCUGAUCAAGAAUUAGAAAUAGUGACAUUUGACCAUAUGGAUAUAGCCUUGUCAAAGGUAUUCAAGUCAGCAGUUGUAGAUAGCAUACUGUGUCUUCCCCAACACCAACAGAUGGUACUAUGUGCACUGGCAAAUACUUUUCAGCAUUGCAAGAGAAAAUCUACUACUCUAGGAGAGCUCAACAAAUCUUACAUAGAAAUUUGUAGAUCAACCCAAGUCCCAGCAGUUGGAAUGCUUGAAUUUUCCAACAUGUGCAUGGUUCUGAGUGAUCAGGGAUUCAUGAAGCUAGGGCAAUCAAAGGACGAUAAGCUUAGGAGAGUAACACUUCAGAUUGACAGUUCAGAUAUCACUUUUUCAUUUAAGGGAAAUCGUUUCUUUAAAAAAUGCCUGGAGCAGCCAAGAUCAUAGACUCAGUUGAAUAUUCCAUGCGGGCAAUUGUGUUUAUACAUUAUAUGUGUAUUGACAUUAUCAAGAACCUACAAUUUCAACCCUGGAUGUGCAAAAGCUCAGACGCUCAUCCUACUGGAUCAAACCGUGCUAAAAUUAUGAAGAAACUCUUUCUUGGAGUGCCGAGAAGUUUACAUGUGAUGAGUUAUGAUAAGUCUUAUCUGACACAAUUCUUCCAAAAGACAUUUGACUGUAGCCUGUGCGCCCCCCCUCCCCCCCCCCCCCCCCCAAUUUUGUUUCUUCCAAAACCUGUUGAUUAUGUAACUAACCAUUAGCAUAUCAAUAGCAUUUGUUGGCACAGUUCUUGCUGAAAGUUGAAAUCAGUAUGCGAAGCUGGAAUCAUUUUGUGCAUUGGCAAAUCUUGUAUGCUCUUGAUAUUUUACCCAGUGACAUUAUUUU